GCCGUGACGUCAACAAGCUGCAAUUGAACGAUCGGAGCGACCGAGCACCGAGCGAACCCCAACCGGAGCGACCGGGAGGCAGAAGCGAUCACAGCGAGUCCCUGCCGCACCAAGGUCCACGCUGAGCUGGAAGCAAACGAUGCAAUCGCUGCUCACUACCGCCCAUUAACACACACUACCAGCGAGGGAAAAACAACGGUAAUCGUGAUUUACAGACGGGAACGCCGCGGAGAGAAGGCGCACGGACGCACCGACUGACCAGCAGCAAUCCACACCACGCCUGAAGAAACCAGCGCGCUGUCUCCGUGUCUCACCGAGUGAUUUAAAUGCUUUAACGGAUCGUGAGGGCGAGAGGCUGCCCAGAGAGCCACAGAGAGAUAGCGGGCACACGAGGAGGAAAUUACGCACAGAAAGACAGCGGGAUUUGCCAGAGAUUUGCGUUAACGCUCAAGUUAAAGUGAUUAAUUGGUAUUUUUCUCCGUGGGCCCCGGUACCGCUAAGGCUAUCAAGCUGUGUUCUCUAACCAUGGGAUGUACCCUGAGCGCAGAGGAGAGGGCGGCUCUGGACCGGAGCAAAGCCAUCGAGAAAAACCUGAAGGAGGACGGUCUGACCGCGGCCAAAGAUGUCAAACUGCUGCUGCUCGGGGCUGGAGAGUCAGGGAAAAGCACCAUCGUCAAACAGAUGAAGAUCAUUCAUGAGGAUGGUUUCUCCGGUGAUGAUGUGAAGCAGUACAAGCCAGUCGUGUACAGCAACACCAUCCAAUCGCUUGCCGCCAUCGUCCGUGCUAUGGAUACGCUGGGUCUGGAGUACGGGGACAAAGAGCGCAAGGCGGAUGCAAAGAUGGUUUGUGAUGUGGUCAGUCGCAUGGAAGACACGGAGCCUUACUCUGCUGAGCUGCUGUCCGCCAUGAUGCGUCUGUGGGCCGACUCGGGCAUCCAGGAGUGCUUCAGCCGCGCCCGCGAGUACCAGCUCAACGACUCCGCGCAGUACUACCUAGACAGUCUAGAUCGAAUUGGAGCGGCCGAUUACCAGCCCACAGAGCAGGACAUCCUGAGGACCCGAGUCAAGACCACAGGAAUUGUCGAGACACACUUUACCUUCAAAAACCUCCACUUCAGGCUUUUUGAUGUGGGAGGUCAGAGGUCAGAGAGGAAGAAGUGGAUCCACUGUUUUGAGGAUGUGACGGCCAUUAUUUUCUGCGUGGCACUCAGUGGAUAUGACCAGGUGCUGCACGAGGAUGAGACCACGAAUCGCAUGCAUGAGUCUCUGAAGCUCUUUGACUCCAUCUGUAACAACAAGUGGUUUAAGGACACCUCCAUCAUCCUCUUCCUCAACAAGAAGGACCUGUUUGAGAGCAAGAUCGCAAAGUCUCCUCUGUCUAUCUGCUUCCCGGAGUACACUGGUCCAAACACCUACUUGGACGGAAUUGCAUACAUUAAAUCUCAAUAUGAGAGCAAGAACAAGUCUACAAACAAAGAGGUCUACUCCCACGUCACCUGCGCUACUGACACCAAUAACAUACAAUUUGUCUUUGAUGCUGUUACUGAUGUCAUCAUAGCCAAUAAUCUGAGGGGGUGUGGCCUGUAUUGAUGAUGCAGCCUGGUUUCAGCCAAUCAGGUUACUUGUGUUUAAGGGGUACAAGUGCUGUCCAUGUUUGUUUAUGAUAUCUGCUGCCUGACAUCCCGUUCAGACUGCUGUGUCCAAUAUAAUGUUUUACAGUGUCUGGAGGUCAAGGAAGUAUUCCUCUUUAGACAUUUAUUUUUAUUAGUAUACUUAACUUAUUCAUUAAAAAAAUCAUCUGGCCAAAGUAGAUAUGUGGAUUUGCAUUUUUUAUUUUUUUUUUAUUUUCUUUUUAAUAGUUAACCGCUUUCCAUCACAAAUAUUUUACAACCAGUAUGAAGGAAUUUAACAAAUGCUACGGAUGAAUAAAUGCUAGCCAAAUCAAGCACUGUAUUGUCAUAAAACUCAUUAUCAGAGUUUUAUCAAAGCUGCAGACUGUUCUUAAGCAGCUCAGGUUUGUACUUCAUCUUAUCUCUCCUGCCUUGAGGAAUUUAUCUAAUAUCUCACUACAUUGAACCAACAGAACAAGCAGAUUAUCAAAUGUACUGUGACAAGUGAUAAUCCUGCUCAGUUUAUUCAUGCAGUCAGGUGUCUCUCUUAUUUAGCAUUUUGUUACAUUAAUUAUGCAAAUUCAUGCUCUCCAUUGGAAGAAGCCAGUUCAAGUUAUAUCUUUUGAUGGAAAUAGUCAUAGUUUUUUUUUGUCUCAUAGGAAAAAAAACCAUUCACUAUAUUAUAUAAUUGAUUUUUAAAGAUGUCACGCUGCACUAGGUAACUCCACAAUAAUAUCACUCAAAUGCAGACUACAAAAGUAUUGAUUUUUACUGAGCCCAUGGCAUGUUUGUAUAUAAUCUGGACUGAACUGUCAGGUCUGAGCCUUUUGUUACAGAUAAAGUGCGGAGCUUUUUGCUGAGUGAGGGUUUUGCGAUGAGUGGAGGCAGCAGAGUGGUGAUGUUGUGCCCAGAAGAUAUGAGCUGUGUUCACUUUGAGAGACAUGUAUUCCCAUAUGGAGCUGUCUGUCAGUGGUUAGAUUAGCCUACAUUGUGUCAUACUGGACAGACCACAUACAGUAUGACCUUUCUGCUAAAGUGAGUGCCAUUUAAACAACUUUAUCUCAAAUGGCCAUUUAUCUGACAUUUGAUAUUUUUGGAUUGUUUUUAGUAUCUCCACAAAGUUAUAUUUACAUAAGCUUUAAAUGUUUGACAGCUCUGUUAAACUGUUGGGACUGUAAAGGCCUAAAAAGAAAGUAUUCAUUUUUGCCAUGAUUCUGGAAAACUAUAUGUAUUAAAUAUCUAAUUAAAUCUCAUGUUCUACUUUUAUAAAAGGAAGGAACUAUCAUGUUAUAUUUUCUCAUUUUAAACAAAUAGAUGACAUCAUGCAUAUCCAUAGACGUAUAAUUAGAACCUCCAUGUGCUCAGGCUUGCCGCGAGCUGAUCACUGAACACAUGCAAAUUGCGUUUGGCUUAUAUAUGGACACCCUGUGCGGAGCGUUCAUGAGAGGCCAGUGUCUGUGUGGCAUGUUGUGCGAGAGGCAGAGCUGGCCCAUGGGUGUUGUGAGGGAGUUAGUAUCUACGGAUUAAUUACCCAGAAGGCACCUGUCUACCCUUUUGCACACUUGCUGUAGACAGUCUGAUGCCCCCAUGGGAUUUCAAAAUGUCACAACACCUUACAUAUCACUGUCAAAUGCUACAAUCCCCUCACUUCAAAUGAGACUCAUUUUUAUUUUAUAUAGCUUAUUUUUAUAGCUAUUUGAAUAAACAUUAAUAUUCUGUCCAGAUGUAUGCAUUUGAUUUUUCAGACUGUAGUUUCAGUUUUUGGGAGAUUUCAAUUUGAAAAGGUAGUUUGUGUAGUUCGGUCAGGUUAAAGUAUCAUUGUAUUAAAAUAUAUGUUAUUGCACUAUAAAUGUAUAUAUUUAUUGCAUAAAUAUAGUUUGCAAUAUCCAUUGAGCAAUGAGUUGCUGAAUGAAGAAGCCAUUGACAUUAGCCAUUCCCAGUACCUAACCUGUACAUGAUAGAGGUGCUCUAUAUGUUUGAUGUGUUGGUAUGAGCAAUAUACUGCAGCAUCUCCUGUACAAGCGUUUACAAGCUCCAAUUCCCAGCGAGAUUAAAGGAGAAGCCUGCAUCUGUAUUUGCCCUCAGGUGCUCACGGCAGCACAGUGGGCUAGCUUUGUCUUCCAACGUAUUUCAUGACCACAGUAACACACAGUAACCCCGCGGCACGUAGCAGCAUGUCUUCAUUAUUCUGUUGUACACAUUGUGCUUAAGAUAGAGCUGUUACACUAAGAUGCAUUUCAAAGUGCAUUAGUCUUAUGAUUAAUCAAAUUAUGUUGGCCUUGAGAUAUUAUUUAACCUCAGUUAUGCUUAUUUAGAUUUCGUCCAAACUGUUUACAUGCUCUAAAACCCCUGGAAAAGUAGUUUUUAUGUAUUCAAAUUUUUCAGGUGAUUUUAAAAAAUAUGUGCAGUUAUAGGUGACUUUGUUUAUUUUAAGUUGAGUAUCAGUUUAAUACAGAGUUUCCUUCCUUUAUUUGUCAUAAUGCAAAGAAUUUGGGGAAACUGUAAAUCUGUAAUUGUCAGUGCAAUCUCUAUUGUACCUCUAUAUUCUAGGUACUUACAUUUUUACAUAAAACUACAAGCAUUGUGUCUAUUAUUAAUUAACUGCUGAACUCUAGCUCACAGCAUCAUUAUAAUAUUUGAUUUUUCUUCAAAGCAGAAGCUCCUCUAACAUGUUUUCCAUUUUAGCCAGACUGCUUGAGUGUGUGUGUUGAUGUUGGAGUAGCGUCGCACUUCCCUUCUGUAAUGUAUCAUAGUGAUGAAUGGACCGCCAGAGCUGCUGUGAGGUACCAUUGUAUGGAAAAGCAUUUUAAAAGUACAUAGGAUAUUUAAUUAAAAAAAUCACAGAAGAGUGUUUCAUUUAUUCUGUGUGAAUACAGUAGCAAAUCUGAACCCUGAUACAAGCACAGAGUUAUUGUGUGAGGCUAUUAAAUAUCUUUUGCCUGUAAUCUCACCAAAAGUAAAAAGAGGAAGCUGAGCCAAGUAACCGUUGCUAUAAAUGAAACUCUGUGCCUUUCUACUUCUCUUAAGUCAGCUAUCUGAGUGAAGGAUCACAGGCUUCCCCGAGUUCUUCAUUAUUCUAGGAAAAUGGCAAGGAUUCAUGUGUUGAGUCACAUGCCACAGUUGUUGGUGUUUUAACUAAAGAUAAUCUAAUAUUGAAGUACUAGCAAUGGAAAAAACAUAUUUUUGCACACAACCUGACCAAAUACUGCGCUUUACCCAAAAUCCUAUUCUGACAAUGUGCUGCUUUUGCAACCUUUUUGACCUUUUUAUUUUAUUUUAUUUUUUUUUCACCUUUGCCACCAAACUAUGAUUUCACCUGUUCAUCUCUGCUAAAACAUUCAGAAAGUAGGUGGAUCAUUUAUAAUUGAUGCUACUCCCACUGUCAGCCUACAUUGCGGCUUCCAGUACUCCAGAUGGGUAACUCUCAGUAUUCUCAAAAUGCUUUUCCUAGUAUGAACACUAUACACAAUUCAAAAUUCUGUUGGUGCCUUGGUUGGUAAAAAACAAAAGGAAAAAAUACAUCAUGUCUGCACCACACUUGCUGAAGAAAAUGUGUUCUAUAAUAGACUUGUAGUACAUUCAGUCCUAAUCUAAUUAUUUCCUUUGUAGAGUUAUCUUGUUGUUGUAUUGGGGAAGGUAUAAGGCUCCAGGCACAAAUAGGACUAUAAUGAACUAGUGUCAGAGUGAAAAGGCUGUAAACUGUUGAAAACUCAUUGCUUUCAUUAACUCUAUAUUUCAUGGACAAUCCCUCAGAUUUUUGAUAUAUACAUCGGUAGCAGCCAUCUUUGUUUUGUUCAUACUGUACAUAUGCUGUGCGUGUAAAAGGGGGAAGGGUGUUAUUGAGCACUGUACACUGUUUCUGCCUCAUUGCUGUGAUAAUUUAUUAAGAUGUAUUUAUAUUGAAACAAUAAUAAAGUACCACACAUGCAAAGACCU